CGUCUCCUUUUUGAUUCAUAACCACCGCACAACCACCCACUCACCAUGCCUCUUAAAUCCUUGGAGUUGUACAACUUCAAGUCUUACAAGGGCACACAACUCAUAGACUUCGGUGAUUCUCCCUUCAUCUGUGUGAUUGGUCCAAAUGGUGCCGGCAAGUCCAACUUGAUGGAUGCUAUCUCGUUUGUCCUAGGUGUCAAGUCGGCUCAAUUGCGAUCGACCCAGCUACGGGAUCUCGUAUACCGUGGUAGACACAGCGCAGAAAAUGGCAUGGAUGUGGAUGACCAAGAGCCAUCACUCACUCAAGAUGGUAUGCAAGCUCGCACCGCCCAUGUGACUGCCACCUAUGAGGAUGCGACCGGCAAGGAUUGGCAUUUCAGGCGAAGCAUUGCACCAUCAGGACAGUCUUCUUACACGCUCAACGGCAAGGACGUGUCUUGGAAGGCAUACAAUGCACAGCUGGAGAAGUUCAACAUCCUGACCAAGGCAAAAAACUUUCUCGUCUUUCAAGGUGACGUUGAGAAUAUCGCCAUUCAGGAUAGCCGAGUCCUCGCCAACCUCAUUGACAGGAUUAGCGGCUCGCUGGACUACGAGAAAGAUUAUGAGCUGGCGAGGGUGGAGCAAUUGAAGGCUGCAGAUGCGUCGAGCGCCAACUACUCCAGGAAGCGUACGUUGAUUACGGAGGCCAAACACUUCAAGGAACAGAAGGAAGACCUCCAACAGUGGGAGCGGCUGCAGAAUCGACAUGAUGCGGCGGUCAAGAAGCUGUUCCUCUGGAGACUUUAUCACCUGACCCAGGAGAUCAAUUCGCGGACCAAAGAGGUGGAGUCUGCCACUGAGAGAUUGUCCGAGCUGCGAGAUGAGGUGCAACGAGGAGAGGACAACCUGAAUCAGGCUCGAUCCGCUCAUGGCGAAGCUCAGCUGAAAGUCAAGAAGAGAGAGAAAGCCGUCAAGGAAGGCGAGAAAGCCCUGGAGGACAAGAAACCUGAGCUCGUGGCAGUCGACGCACAGAUUGAACACAGCACGAAAAAGAUGACGGAAGCCCAAAAGAUUGCCGACCGCGUCGCUCAGGAUCGCGAGCGACAGCAACAAGGCCUCGAAGAAUUGCGCAAAGGGCAGCGGGACAUCGAAGACAGGAUGAAGGAGGCUGCCGAAUCUCAACGCAAAAAUCUUCGGGCAGCGGGCUCCCUAUCCGGCGAGGAUCUCGCGGAGUAUCAGAAACUACGUUCUGCCGCCAAUUUGGUCGCAGUGUCUGAGCGCCGUCAAGUGGAGACUUUGCAGCGCGAGGAGAAGACGCUGAGAGAUGCUGUGGCGAUGGCAGAGGACAGGAUGCAGCAAGCGGACAGGCGACUGUCGAGCCUAAAUGAAGAAGUUCAGCAAACAUCAUCACAUCAGAGAGAGCUCCAAGCGCGUUUGGACAAUCUCAGGAAUGAUCGAGAAUCGGACAAGGCCAGAUUGGACCAAGCGGUGGCUGAAAGACAGCGAAUCAACAUCAAGGAGACAGAACUCAACGAGAAACUGCAGGAUGUGUUUGGAAAACUCCUAUCCGCAGGUGCAGACAAGCGAGAGAGCGAGCGCGAGAAAAAGAUGCGUGAAGUGAUCAACAAUCUCAAACGUAUCUUUCCUGGGGUGCACGGUCGUGUCAUUGAGCUCUGCAAACCAACCGCUCGCAAAUACGACACCGCUGUGGCGACAAUACUAGGCCGACAUGUAGAUGCUAUCGUGGUCGAGCAUGAGCAGACCGCCAUCGACUGCAUUGAAUACAUGCGUAACCAGCGUGCCGGCCAGGCGACAUUCAUCCCUCUGGAUACGAUUCAGACAAAGCCUGUGCAAGAGAAGUUCCGCAACUUUACGAAGGGAGCUCGACUCGCCAUUGAUUGUAUCGAGUUCGAGCCCGCCGUGGAAAGGGCCAUGCAGCAUGCCUGUUCAAGCUCGUUGAUAUGUGACACCAUGGAGGUGGCAAGAUACGUUUGCUACGAGAAGCAUCAAGAGGUCAAAGCCGUAACUCUGGAUGGUACGGUGAUCCACAAAAGUGGUCUCAUCACUGGAGGCACCAGCUCAGGCUCCUCACGCAAGUUCAAUGAUAGCGAUGUUGAAAAUCUGCAGAAGGCGAAGGAGUCCUACCUACAGCAACUUCGGGAUCUGCAAAAGUCAGCAUCGAGCGCCAAAGACGACGACGCGCUACUGGAUCGACUUGCGAGAUUGGACGCCGAGAUCAAGGUCGUUUCAGAAAGCGUGUCAGCUGUCACCAUCCGGCUGCAAGAUCUCAAAGCCGAGCAAGACAACCUCAGAACCAUCAUCAAGAACGGAGUUCCUGAGGAGGAGAAGGCGCGGAAGUCUUUGAGAGCAACUCAGGUGAAGCUGGACAAGGUGUUGCGGGUGGUCCAAGAUGCAGACGACAAGGUCUUCCAGGCCCUGUGUGCCAAGAUUGGUGUUCAGAAUAUUCGCGAAUACGAAGAUGUCCAACUCAAGAUAGCUCAGGCGGAGAGUGAAGCGAUGGCUGCGUUCGCCGCACAGAAAGCCCGAGUGAAACAUCAGAUCGACUUCGAGGCUACGCAGCUCGACAACACCGAGAAUCGCCUCUCCUCUUUAGAAAGCUUUGCGGAAAAAUCCCGACAAAGGCUGGAGGAGUUGGAGCGAGAGAAGGCAACGAUCCAAAAGGAGCUCGAACAAAUCCGUCAAACGAUCAGACAAGCGCGCAGCAAGCUGGAGGCAGCGGUGCAAGGUAGCGAACAGGCUUUGCAAAAGGUGGACCGGGUUCGCGAAAGCUCCAGGGAGAUGUCUCGACUCCUCGACAAGGCACUACGCAAUAUCGCUGGCUGGAACGACGAGAUCUCAAAGUCAGCUUCGGAUCGACAUGCCAUCUACAAGCGAUGUCGACUGGAGAACAUUGAGCUCCCUCUGGUCCGCGGUCGCCUAGACAAGGUACCUCUCGAUGCUGCGGAUACGGACCUCAGCAUGGACACGGAUGAAGACACGCAGAGACCUGUGGUCACCGAGGACUAUGGGAUCGAGCCUGACUUCCGAGGACUUGACGAGGAAGAUCGAGAGAACGACCAAGAAGAUUUUGGCAAAGAGCUCGAGGAGGAGAUUGGUCGAUCGAAAGCUGAACUGGAAAGAACGGUGCCAAAUCUGAAGGCGCUUGACAGAUUGGCGGAUGUCGAGGGGAAUCUGAGCGAGGCAGAGAAGGAGGCUGAGCUCACACGACAAGAGACGAAAAGGGCGCGUGACCACUUCCAAGAAUUGAAGAAGAAAAGAUGCGAUCUAUUCAACGCGGCGUUUCGACACAUGUCAAAUUGCAUCGAUUCGAUUUACAAAGAUCUGACCAAAACCGAUUCAAAAGGGACGGGAGGUGUGGCUUUCCUGUCCUUGGAGGACGCCGACGAACCUUACCUUAGCGGGGUCAAAUACAACGUCAUGCCUCCAGGCAAGCCCUUCAUAGAGACGGAGCAAUUAUCGGGUGGAGAGAAAACCAUGGCCGCCUUGGCGCUACUGUUUGCCAUUCACAGUUUCCAUCCUGCCCCUUUCUUCGUUCUCGAUGAAGUUGACGCAGCUCUUGAUGCGACAAACGUCUCCAAAUUGGCUCGCUACGUGCGAGCUCAAGCUGAAAGUCAGGUGCAAUUUCUCAUCAUUUCUCUCAAGCCCAACUUAUAUCAACGGGCAGACGGUCUUGUGGGCGUGUACCGAGAUCAGGAGGACAAUACGUCCAAGUCUCUCACGCUUGAUCUGCGACAAUAUGCCGAGUGAUUUGCGCCAGAUGUGGUCGCUGUUGGAUAUCCACCCUCCAUGUAUGUAUGCGUUUUGCUGGUCAUUGAACUAUUGAAUGAUGGAAUGAAUGGAUGGACCUACUCUGCCCGAUGCAGCAAAAUUCCCAGAAAAUAAUGAUAAAAUAGGCUCCUUCG